AUGGACCACGAGACGCCAAGCCUUGAAGUUCCCAGGAAGGUGCUCAGCGUCAUAUUCCAUUUACUUCCAAUCCUCUCCUUUAAAUUCCAUGUCAAGAAGUGUCGGUGUUGGAAUUGCAGGGAAGAUGCUAAAUUCUUGGAUCCUUUCAUCCUGUUAGACGAGUUCACUGUCUCUUCACCUGCUGGAUUUCCGGAUCACCCUCAUAAAGGUUUUGAAGCAAUAACUUACAUGUUAGAGGGAGCCUUUGCUACCCAAGACUUCAAUGGGCACAAAAGCAUUCUGAAAGCAGGAGAUGUGCAGUGGUUGAACACGGGCCGAGGGAUCAUUCACUCUGAGAUGAGUGCCGCAGAAGGCCAAAAUAAAGCAUUGCAGCUAUGGAUCAAUCUCUCCUCCGAACACAAAAUGCUGGAGCCACGGAGCAUGGAAGUCGAGAGCAGGGACGUGGCCAGGGUCGAGAAGGGAGACUUCAACGUUGCCGUAAUCGUCGGAGAAUCGCACGGUGUACGCUCGGCGGUCGACACUGUCACGCCGAUCAUGUUCCUGGAUUUUACGCUGAAGCCGGGCGCGCAGGUCCGCCAGGGCGUUCCACGGUCGUGGAACGCCUUCGCCUACGUCCUCGAGGGGGAAGGGGUGUUCGGCCACCCUAGCGCUCCGCCCGCAACGGAGUUUCAGGCGGUGCUGCUGGGCGACGGCGACGGGGUCGAGGUUUGGAACCAUUCGUCGGAGAAGUCGCUGAGGUUUCUGUUGAUUGGCGGCCUGCCGGUGGGGGAGCCGGUGGUGCAUCGAGGGCCCUUCGUCAUGAACACCGAGGCAGAGGUGGAGGAGGCGAUUCAGGACUUCCGAAACAACCGAAAUGGAUUCCAACGAAGGAGCUAGUUAAAGAAAUUAUACAUUGAAAAAUUAGAAUAAAAUAAAAGAUGGCAAGAACAACUUGUGAUCUCACUUGGAAUUUGGAUGCCCAUCACUUAAUUGUCUUUCUUAGGGUAAAUUAUAUACUUUAGUUUGGUUUUAUUAUGAGAUA